AUGUCUAAGGGUCAAGAAGAUAGGUCACCUGUAUUGUUAUUUGCAGUAUUUUCUCUUGCGUCUUUCACAAACGUUCACGGAACACAUGGAUGGGACUAUUUUGUGUUCAGUUUAGAAUGGCCACCUACCUAUUGUUCUUCUCAUACCUGUAACCUACCUCGUCAGAUGAGAAAAUUCAACAUUCAUGGAUUAUGGCCCACCAUUUGGCCGAAUGGUAGUCCAACAAACUGUUCCAGAAAUGAAGAUUUUAAUGUGAAAAGUAUUGAGCCUAUUUAUAAAGAGUUACAAACGGAAUGGUCAAAUUUAGAGGAUUAUGAUGAUCCUGAAGACUUUUGGAAAUAUGAAUGGAAUAAACAUGGAGUGUGCUCAGUGAAUAGUGCGGUUAUCUCGAAUGAAUUAGACUAUUUCAACACUUCUCUGGUUAUUAAAGCAAAAGUGAAUAUAAUGAGACGUCUUGAGUCGAUUGGAAUCAAACCAGACAACAAAGUUAACUUAAAGAGAGAUGGACUUCUUGUACAAUUGAAAAAGCUGUUCAAUGUAAAUGUACAGAUUUCUUGUACCUUAAAACAUCGUCAACCGCCAAAAUUGUCUGAAAUUCGUGUUUGUAUGAAUCCUACUUUGGACUUCAUCAGCUGUCCAACAUCAGAAGAAGCAGAAAAUGUAGAAGGAGGAGAACACAACCACGAAGAGCAACAACAACAACACCCUUUUAGUGUUUGUUAUGCUAAUGAAUUCGGAGUUAAUAAUGAUGUCUGUGAGACACAUUUACCAUGGUUAGAUCUUUUCCCCAGUUGUCCAAGCCAACAACAAGAACAACAACAACAACAGCAGAUGUGUACACCGCCAAUGUUAACAUCAAAUUCCCCAUGUCCUGAAGAGUUUAUAUUUCCAGAUUUUACAUGAUUUACACUUAUAAGAAAAAGAAAUCAUCUCUUUUUUUAAAUUAAUGUAUACUCUUUAAAUGAAAGAGUGAGUUACAGACAGCAUGGCUGUCAUAUACUACUUAUGAAUAUACAUGUGAUGUUGUUGUUUUCUUUUUUUAAUGUUAUUAACUCUUACUUUAUGUCUAUUUGUAUCCUUUUAUUUUUGUAUGCUUUUUUGAAAUGUACUCAAUGUUUUACACUGAUCUGUUAGUUAUUUGUAUUAUUUUUUUUUACUAUUAUCACCACUAUUCUGGUUUUACAUUACUGUUUUUCUGUUUAUUUUUGAAAGAAAACAAAAACUGCAAUCAUCAUUUAGCAUGCGAUAAAUACAUAGCUAGUUGUAUUUUGAGAAAAAAAGAUAAAAAAUCUUGCAAUGUAUGAACUCUCUAUGGUAUCUUAGUAUAUUUAUGAUUUUAUGUGUCAUCCCUGACACUUGUUGAUGAUGAUGAUGGUUAGUGUCAGCUUAUAUGAUUAUCAGCAUGAAAUUAUGGUAGAAUUAAAGUAUUGUUUUAAUUUUUAUAGUGUG